AUGAAGCAAUUUACUCCCAUUGCCGCCCUCGUGGGUCUCAUCCCCCUGGUCAAUGCCCACGGUUUUGUCACCAGCCCAACUGCCCGUAUGCCUGGUGAUGCCAUGGCCUCCGCCUGUGGUCAACAAGUCAAAAGCAACCAGGAGUCCGACAACUACGGCAACAUCCAAGGUGAACUGCAGGUCGCCAAUGGCCAGAGCGACUACAGUGCGAGCGAGUGCGAUAUCUGGCUUUGCAAGGGCUACAAGUUUGCCGACAACAAGGACAACGUCUACUCCUACACAGCCGGUGAGUCCGUGGACUUCACUGUUGACAUUCGUGCCCCCCACACCGGUGUUGCCAACGUGUCUGUCGUCGAGACUUCUUCCAACUCCGUCAUUGGCAGCCCUUUGAUUAGCUGGUCUGUCUAUGCCUCGACCGCUACUGGCGUCACCAGCAAUGAGACCGACUUCAGUGUGACCUUGCCCGAUGAUCUUGGUAGCAAGUGCUCUACUGCUGGUGACUGUGUUCUGCAGUGGUACUGGUACGCCGAGUCCAUCGACCAGACCUACGAGUCUUGCGUUGAUUUCACUCUCGGUGGUUCCGGCUCUAGCUCUGGCUCUGGCUCUUCUGGCUCCUCCGGCUCCUCCAGCUCGGCUGCGGCGGAAACUACUGCGGCCCCUUCUACCCCCGCUGCUGCUGUCGAGACCUCUGCCGCCGUUGAAACCACCGCCGCUCCUGUCGAGACUACCUCUGCUACUCCUGUGCUCUACGCUACCACAACCUUCGCUACUCAGGCCCGUCAAUCCGAUGAGCCCUCGGUCGAGGUGCAGACUGCCAGCGCUGUGGAAACCACUGCUAGCUCUGUUGGCUCCACCCAGCCCAUCCCCACUGAUGGUACUGCCCAGGAGCAGCUGAGCUUCGUCGAGUCUAUCCUGAAGUACCUGGCCAACAGCGAAUAA